GAAAUCGAUCGCUCCGCUCCCACCGGCCACCACCAGUCCACCACACCUCGAUCCCCGCACCGCCCAGCCGGCCGCCCGCAUCCACCGCACAAAACCCUAGGCAUGGCCCCACCCUAAACCCCUUGCUCCCCACCUCGUAUGGUCGUCGUCCCCUUCUCCCUCCGCAUUGCGCGAAACCCCAUCCGCCUCCGCCUUCUUCCGGUCUCCGCUGCUCGCUUCACCCGUCUCGCCAUGUCGACCACGCCGCCGGCGGCGGCUACCAUAUCCGUCGAGUAUGCCAAGUCCGGGCGCUCAAUCUGCAAGGGGUGCAGCGGGGUCAUCGCCUCCGGGGCGCUCCGCCUCGGCGCCUCUGCGCGCGACCCCCGUGGCUUCGGCGCCACCAAGUGGUACCACGUCUCCUGCUUACCCUCCUCGUCGUACCCGCUCGGCCCCAUCGGGAGUAUCAAGGGGUUCGACUCCAUUAAGGACCAUGAUCGUGCGGAAUUGCGAGAACUAGAGAAGAAUCAUAAAAGAGACAAUACUGCAGUCAGCCCUCCGGAGGAACAACGUCCAAAGAAAGCAAGGAUUCAGAUGUUUUCCCCUGCGGAGGGGGUGCCAGAUAAUGUAACAGUCUCUGUUGAGUAUGCGAAGUCUGGUCGCUCUACCUGCAAGGGCUGCAGUGAGAAUAUUGCCAAAGGUGCCCUCCGCCUUGGUGCCUCUUUUCCUGAUCCCCGUGGCUACGAAAAUACUAAGUGGUACCAUGUUGUGUGCUUCCCUACAUCAUCAUACCCAUUAUUUCCAAUGUCAAAUCUGAAGGGGUUUGAUUCAAUUGAGGAUCAUGACCGUGACAAGUUGCACAAAUUGGUGGAGAAUCACAAGAGCGAUGGAAAAGCGGCUGAUGUAUUGAAUGAGUCAAAUCUGAAGAGAGAAAUGGCUCACAGCAUGGAUGACUCGAAUGAAGGUGCUGAAAAGGAUCUGGAAGGAAUAAAGAUUCACUGCAUGGGGGAGUUUGAAGAAGGUGCUGAAAAGAACCUGGAAGAAGCAAAGUUACCUGCAGGGAACAAAAUGAUUGGUCCAUCGAUAUCCUUUUCACUUUCUGAUAUAAAAAAAGAAUACAAGAAUGCUACCCUUCCUGCUCAUUGGAAGGUUUUUGAUACAGUUAUCUUCCGUGAGAAGGAAGAUGGCCUUCAUGCUUCAUCUAAGAUUGCUGCAUUUGAUUUUGAUGGGUGCCUUGCCAAUACCAGUAUGAAGAGGGUUGGUGCAGACCAGUGGUCUUUACAGCAUAAAUCAAUUCCAGAAAAAUUGCAAAGACUGUACGAUGAUGGUUACAAGCUGGUCAUAUUCACCAAUGAGUCAAACAUUGAGCGCUGGAAGAACAAGCGACAACAAGCUGUUGACUCCAAAGUUGGCCGCCUUGAUAACUUUAUUGAAUGUGUUAAAGCCCCUAUUCAGGUUUUCAUUGCUUGUGGUUUAGGGAAAGGAAAAGGUAUUCCAGAUGAUCCAUACCGCAAACCAAAUCCUGGAAUGUGGUGGUUGAUGGCUCAGCAUUUCAAUUCUGGAAUCAAAAUUGACAUGGAUCAAUCUUUCUAUGUCGGUGAUGCUGCUGGGAGAGAGAACGAUCAUAGUGACGCAGAUAUAGAAUUUGCUAAGGCCAUCGGUCUCAAGUUCCAUGUUCCCGAGGAGUACUUCGGUUUCUAAUUACCUGUGACCAGCUAGUAAGAUGGUUACACUACGUCGUUUAGUGUUUGGAUAUUAUCAAUACUGUGGCUAUUCUGGUAUGGUGAUCUACAUGUCUGUUUAAACCGUCAAAUAAUAUCCCAGUUAUUCACUUAGGUCCUGUUUGUUUCCUUCCAGAAUUAUGUAAUCCAUAUGGAUUAUAUAAGUACUUAAUAACCUGCUUAUGGAUUAUCAU